CACAUGAAGGAGGCAUUAUAAUGGGGAUCUGGGAAUUGCUGAGAGGUGUGCUUGUGCUGAUAAUAUUGCUUCCUCAGCUUUCAUCAAACGACAAUGUCGUGUUAGCUUUUUCCAGUACUCUUCAUUCUUCUUUCCCCACCAACUUUCUCUUUGGCACUGCUUCUUCUUCUUACCAGUAUGAGGGAGCUUUCUUGAGUGAUAGCAAAGGACUCAGCAACUGGGAUGUCUUCUCUCACAUUCCAGGCAAAAUAAUUGAUGCAAGUAAUGGGGACGUUGCGGUGGACCAUUAUCAUCGCUACCUGGAAGAUAUUGAGCUGAUGGAUGCAAUCAAAGUCAACAGCUAUCGGUUCUCUCUCUCUUGGGCAAGAAUUUUACCAAAAGGGAGAUUUGGAGAGGUCAAUUUGGCUGGCGUUGACUUCUAUAACAGACUAAUAGAUGCUCUUCUGCUCAAAGGAAUCCAACCUUUUGUGACUCUCACUCACUUUGACAUGCCUCAAGAGCUCGAGAGCAAGUAUGGAGGCUGGCUUAGUCCCCAAUCACAGGAAGAUUUUGAAUUUUAUGCAGAACUUUGCUUUAAAUUGUUUGGAGACAGAGUGAAGCACUGGACUACCUUUAAUGAGCCGAAUCUACAAGUUUCAUUCAGUUACCGCUCUGGAAAUUUCCCACCAAGUAGAUGCUCUAAACCAUUUGGAGAUUGCAUUGAAGGAGACUCUGAAUCUGAGCCCUUCGUGGCAGCCCAUAACAUUAUCCUCUCUCAUGCUGCUGCUGUUGAUAUCUAUAGAACCAAGUACCAGAGGGGACAAAAGGGGAGAAUUGGCAUAGUCUUACAAGCUGCGGGGUAUGAACCUAUAAGCAAUUCUACAGCAGAUAAAAUGGCCAGUGAAAGAGCACAAUCCUUCACUUUUAAUUGGUUCUUGGACCCAAUCAUAUUCGGAAAGUACCCUGCUGAGAUGGAGAAGAUUCUGGGGACUAUCUUGCCCAAAUUUUCCAGCACUGAAAUGAUUAAACUCAACAAAGGAUUGGAUUUCAUAGGCAUCAAUUACUAUACCAGUUACUAUGUUCAAGACUGCAGUUCCUCAACAUGUGAACCUGGAACUGGAGUCACUAGAACAGAGGGUUUGUACCUAAGAAGUACAGAGAAAAAUGGUUUGCCUAUUGGAGAACCUACCACAGUUGGUUGGUGUGUUUACCCAAGAGGCAUGGAAAAAGUGAUCACAUAUGUAAAAGACAGAUACAACAAUAUUCCAAUGUUCAUUACAGAAAAUGGGUACGGUGAGACGGAUCAGCCAAAUUCCACCUUGGAAGAGCAUAUUAAUGACGUUAAAAGAAUGAAGUACAUGAAAGAUCACUUGAAUACCCUGCUAUCAGCAAUAAGGAAAGGAGCAGAUGUGAGGGGAUACUUUGCCUGGUCUUUGCUUGACAACUUUGAGUGGACAUAUGGAUAUACAAGAAGAUUCGGGCUAUACCAUGUUGAUUAUUCUACUCUGAAGAGAACUCAAAAAUUAUCAGCACGUUGGUAUAAGCAAUUCAUUACAAAGCAUAAAACAAAGGCUUUUAGGCCAGAACAUGACAGAGAGCAAGAAAACCAGUACAGACAAUUCAAGUUAGAAACUGAAGUUAAAUCAUUCAUACCAAAGACCAAUCAGCUUCGCUUCAAUAAUUUGUGACCUUUUCUCAAUGUAUCCAUCUCCAAGCAGAAUCUGUAAACUUAAUUCUCUCUCCAUAAACUAUUAUUUAAGUUCUAGAAUCGCUUAUGCUUUA